AAUAACCAUCAAGACAGUGGAUUUUUAUAUACUUGCGUUUCGUGUAAAGUCGUCAAAUAAACAAGAACCUGUCAUCAGUUUCGCUCUCGUUUUCUCUUUAGUCUAGUCAGUCAGUCGGGGAUGCAGAGAGACUCUGAUCGUCUCAUCCGUCAGCUGGGGUCAUGUUGUGUUAUUGGGGAGCGCAGAUCAGAGAGGGUUUGGGACUGGAACAGCCGGACAAGGUCAAACAUGGUAAUUGUGGAGUACGGUCCGUGUGUCCGAAAACAGCAGUUCAGGACAUGUCAGCUGGACGGAGUUUUGUUGGAUUCGUCCGGGAUGGGAAGGUCUCGGUCCUGAGAUUGCGCAGUGAAGAAGAUGAUCAUGAUGGAAAAUUAAUGCAACUGCAGCUAAAGAAUAACAGAAUCAGACUGAUUGUCUGUGGAGGAGAUGGUGCAGUCCUUCUUUCUGAUUCGGGAAAAGUUCUCAUGAUGGACAAAUCUACUGUGUACAGUCCUCUCAAAGGUCUGGAUAACAGGCAGGUGAUUCAGAUCGCAUGUGGAGACCAUCAUUCAAUGGCACUAACCCACGAUGGUCAGGUGUUCAUAUGGGGUGAUAACUCUCACGGUCAGCUGGGUUUAGAGAAAGAUCCUCCCAGCUCUCCAUCUGCUCAACAUGUUAAGAGUCUGAGUGGGGUCCCGCUGGCUCAGAUCAGCGCUGGAGGAGACCACAGCUUUGGGUUGUCUCUCUCUGGAGUCGUGUUUGGAUGGGGAAAGAACUCUACUGGACAGCUGGGCCUCGGAGACACUACAGACAGACACGUCCCAACGGUUGUAAAGAGCCUUAAUCAGAAGAAAACUGUGUCCAUCUCAUGUGGAGGGGAACACACCGCCACUUUAUCAAAGGGAGGAACAGUAUUCACAUUUGGGUCAGGAGGUUCUGGUCAGCUUGGGCACAAGUCAUUCAAAGACGAACAUCAUCCGCGGGUGGUUGCUGAACUGUGGGGAUCUGAAGUGUCACAGGUCACAUGUGGGAGACAUCACACUCUCGUAUCAGUCGCAUCGUCAAAGCGGAUCUACUCAUUUGGAUGUUGGAUGCAAGGGCAGCUGGGAAAUGAAGAAAUGAUCAAGAAGUCUGUGCCUUUCCCUGUGAAUCUGCCAGCUGAAUAUAAUCAUGAAUAUAUGAUUGCAAAACUCAUUGCUGGGAAGAAUCAUUCCUUUGCCUUAUUUGUCAAAGAACUUGGGAAUGAGUUAGAACAGGCCAAAUCCAAUCCAAGUAGAGAGAUUUUGACAUUAAAUGACAGAAUGAUUGAUUUCUGGUUGUCCGAAAGUGAUACAAAUUCAUGGAAAGCCAUUAGGGAAAUAAAUACAGUAUUUUCCUCUACUGCCUCUCUGAAUGGAAGUUUUCUCAAAACAAGUUGUGAUGAUCAUUAUCAUUCUGAGGGUCAUUGUGGUUUGGAUUUUGAUCUGGUUAAAUCAUCCUUCGCAAAGUUAACAGAGAAUACAAGCUUAAUAUCAAAGGUAGUGAAGGUGGUUCAACAGACACUUCUGCCAUCUCUGAAUCCAAAUCCAACUGGUGUGGAAGCUCUGAGAGUUUAUCUCCUCCUCCCUCAACUCAUCUGGCGUCUUCAAGAACAACAAAGAACUGAACUCACUGAAGCCCUGGCUUCCAAAAUUCUUCAGCUGAAUCCUGAUGCUCGCAAGGUUUUAGAGACAUACUGGUCCAGACUCCCUGAAGAUUGGCUCAAAAACAUGGUGGACUUCUUUAAAAAAGAAUCUGCUAUGUUAAUUGAAAGGAUUACUUUUGAACAAAUAAACUGGGACAUACCAAGACGCUUGGAGAAAAUUGUGCAGAUCCUUCAUAUGGUCUAUAAGGUCUGCUGCAAUACCAACAGAAACAUCACAAAGAGUGAUUUCAUCAUCCAUGAGAUCAAUGGUCUACUAAAUAUGCUGCAUGCCACUGAGGAAGAUUUGAAGGAUUGUAAGUGGACUGACAUUCGUUUAUAUGUGGUAUUUAAAUACUAUGAUUUGACUUUAAAAGAUCUGAAAUCAUAUCCACACAUGUUUAACCUGGAGGCCAAAUGUAGCUUUGUGAAAAACAGAAAUUGGCAGAGGGGCUGUUUUGAGCUGGCCGUGAGGCGCAGAGUGCUGCUGGAGGAUUGUUUCCAUCAGCUGAGAACAGCUGAUCCCUCAGUCGAUCUCAGAAGAUACCGGCUGUCGGUACUUUAUAAGGAGCAUGUGAGCAAAAGAACAGAUGUCAACAAGGACUUUUUUCUCAACGUGUUUAAAGAGCUUUAUUCACCAGAGUCUCAGCUGCUUAUGUACAAUGACAGCAACACUAUGAGCUGGUUCCCCACAAAGCUCAGUGUUGAGAAGGAGAAGUACUCCCUGUUUGGGAUUCUGUGUGGCUUGGCUCUCAACAACAACUUCAUAGUGCACCUGCCUUUUCCUUUAGCCUUGUUCAAGAAACUUCUUGAUGUCAAACCAUCUCUAGAAGACUUGAAAGAGUUUAGUCCGGUUCUUGGAAGGAGUUUGCAGUACAUCCUGGACUACAGCGAUGAUGUUGAGGAAAUGGACAUGAACUUCACGGUCACAUGGGAUAAAACAGAAGUAGAACUGGAUCCAGCUGAGCCAGGAAAAAUGGUCACCAAUUAUAACAGAACCGAAUUUGUGGACAAGUACGUGGAUUAUAUCCUGAAUAAAUCAGUUGAGGAAGUGUUCGAAGAAUUCAAAAGAGGAUUCUUCAAAGCGUGUGACAGAUAUAUGGUAGAGAUAUUUGAACCGGAGGAGCUGAGAGGAGUUCUGGUGGCCAGGGCCGCGUUAUCGUAA